GAAGUAAAUGCUCUGAAUACGUACGUCCCCCACCACUGGUAUUCAGUUACUGUCCACUGCUGCAGUUGGAAACAGUUUGUCCAGACAAAUAUCUCUCGUCACACUCUUCCCCCUCAGAGAGAGAGCGAGCUCUUCCGACUAAACACAAGCAGAGAAGAAGAGAAGACAGCGGCAGCUCUCCGUUCUGUGUCUGCUCAGUAUCUGAAUGCAGGGGCGUCAUUAUUUCACAUCCUCGCUUCAUUUCUGUCAUUUAUUCCGACUUAAAGGUGGUUUUUAAUGCAGAGGCAGACGGUAGAUUGAAAGUGGAAAAUGGUUCCAGUCAAACUUGUCAUCCUGGGAGCUCAAAACACUGGGAAAACAGCACUGUGCGUUCGUUUCAUAACCAAGAGGUUCAUUGGUGAAUAUGACCAUAAAAAGGAGGUCACAUACAGAUGCAGUCGUGUGGUGGACCAGGAAGCCGUGGAUCUGGAGAUUUUGGACAUAGUUUAUAAGGAGAGUUCUGUAUCGUCUCUGGAGUCGUCCAUCCGCUGGGCUGACGGUUUCCUGCUGCUCUACUCUAUUACGCAUCGCCUGAGCUUCCUGGAGGUCCCACGACUCAAAAAACUCAUCGAUCAGACCAAACAGAGUUUAGUGGUUCCCACGGUGCUCGUGGCGAAUAAGGCAGACUUAGAAAUCGGCAGAGAAGUGACAACAGAGGAAGGACAGCGACUGGCCAAAGAUCUGAGGUGUGUUUUCAGUGAGCUGUCUGUGGCUGAGGCUGUGUUCGCAGUGGAAGCAGCAGUGUUUCAACUCAUCAGGCAGGUGCUGGACCAGCAGCGCCCUCUGCCUGACCGACGCUCCUACAUGCUGACGGUUCGACACGCUCUGACCAGGAAACUGACCCGGUCUAAAACCAUGCAGUGGUGAUCCAUUUAGCUGUCACAUUCAGUAACAAUGCUUUUACACUUGUGGGUUAUUUAUGAUUAUUAUUUAAUUCAGUCAUGUGGUAUAGUUUUUUUUUUUUUAAUUGAACAAAGAUAUCAUGAGUGCAGAGAGGUUUAUGACAAACAUUACUCACACAUGUAAGGAUGUAUAUAUAACACAAAGUAUACAAUUAAUGUUAAAUGUAUAACACAGUAAAACAAGUUUCUCAUUUUAAGAUAGUAAUAACCUGAAUAUCUGCAGGACUGACACAAAAAAGAAAACAGAGAGAAGCAUGAUGAUGAGG